AUGAACGUGUCGAUCUCGUUGACGCUCUUCUCGUCGGUUUCGCCGUUGGAGCGUGGUCUUCUGGCGGUUGCCGUGGCGAUGUUCUUCCUGUCGGCGGUGCUGUCGACGUUCCUGAGCGCCGUGAUCCGGUCGGACGCCCGUCUGCACCGCCCCGUCUACGUCCUCCUCGCCAACCUGUCCCUGUGCGGCGUGCUGGGCGGCGCCGCGCUCUGCCCCGCCCUCCUGCGCUUCCUGCUGUGGGGGCGGAGUCGCCUGUCGUUGGUCGACUGCCUGGUCCAGAUCUUCUUCACCAACGUGUACACGGGCGGCGUCUUCUGCCUGCUCGCCCUCAUGGCGUUCGACCGCUACGUGUCCAUCUGUCUGCCGCUGCGUUACCACAGCAUCGUGACGCCGCCCAGACUCCGCCUCCUGCUGCUCUCGCUCUACGGCUUCCUGUUGGCGGCGGCGGCGGUCCAGGUGUACCUCACGUCUCGCGAGGCCCUGGCGCGAGAGGUCAGACUGAGGUCAGAGGUCAGCACAGAGGGGUCAGAGGUCGCGGCUGACAGCUCCACAAGCUCCUCCCCCACAGACACAGCCCCGCCCAUGCCCUCAGCCCCGCCCACGACCGCCCCGGCCACGCCCUCAGCCCCGCCCACGACCGCCCCGGCCACGCCCUCAGCCCCGCCCACGGCUCCAAGAAGCAGGUCGGCGUCCUCUCCCAGAAUCCUCGGCUCUCUGCAGGGACUCUUCUCGAAGAGGCGGGGCCGCUCGCUCAGCCUGGAGGUGGAUCUGCUCCAACCAAUCACGUUCAGCGUCUCCACGGGAGCGCCGCGCCGAGCCAUCCACGUGUGGGAGGAUGAGGCAGUGCACUGUGUUCGUUUUAGUCGAUGUGCUGAAGUCUUCGCCACCGCCGACGACGACCGACGCCUCCGAGUCUGGAACAUCCACAACGGUGGUUUUUCUGUCGGUUCGUCUCUUUUUGGAUUCACUGAGUCUGUGACCUGCAUCGACUUCGACCAAACCGGGUUUCGAGUUUUGGCCUCAUCAUAUGACAAGUCUGCGUUACUAUGGCAACUGGACGACCCCCAGCCCAAGCUCACACUCACAGGACAUCGCAGGAAGGUUUGUGCGGCUCGUUUCUGCUCGACGCCUCCUCUGGUGGUGACAGGAAGUGCAGACGGCUCCAUCCGACUGUGGGACCUGCAGAGAGAAGCCUGCACUCGUGUCCUGGAGGCGGGCUCUCACUGCUCUGACCUCGUCUGCUCCGACUCGUCUGUGAUCAGUGGACACUUCGACGGACGACUGCGCCUCUGGGACCUCAGGUCGUCGGUCUCGUGUGUUCUGGAGCUCCGGGUCCCAGACCGGGUCACGGGUCUGGACUUGAGUUCGGACUGUCAGCUGUUGUUGGGCUGUUGCCGUGACGACGGGCUGCACCUGUUCGACCUGAGGGGGCGGAGCUUCGCACACACCUGUCUCCGAGCGGACGGCUUCAGCUGCGGCAGCGACAGCAACAAGGCCGUGAUCAGUCCUGACAGGGCUCUGGUCGCUGGAGGUUCUUCAGACGGAGCCGUUUAUAUUUGGAACGUUUCAUCGGGACAAGUCCAGACCAGACUCACGGACCAGCACAGCUCCUCCCUCGGGGGCGUGUCCUGGAGCGUCAGUGGGCGGUACUUCGUCAGUGUUGAUAAAAGGAGGCGGGCCGUUCUGUGGAGUGACAUCUGAAGUGUCCAAUCACAGCCCUGGUCCUGUUUGAACGGUCCAAUCACAGCCCUGGUCCUGUCUGAACGGUCCAAUCACAG